UGCAGCACAUGUGGCACUUAUAUGGUUCUUGUUUUCAUGGAGGUGAGUAACUAUCUUCAUAUGAGAAAAUCUUAUUGCUUUUCAUCAUAUUUAUGGUAAUCCCUGGUCUGAAUGUAGCUUUUCGUUGUGCAGUGGCAAGACUUUUGGAGAGGACGUGUAGAUCAUCGGAGGAUGGGAAAGUGACCAAUGUCACCCCAGUUUCACUUCUGGAGGUUAAGGUUGAGCGUUAUAUUAAGGUGAUAUUUGGGGAUGAAACUGCUGCAAAGAAGUAUGAUCCUGUUGAGAUGUCUCAAAUUCCCAGAGUAAGGCUUGGAGAAGGGACCUUGGGGGCUUUGUUUAAGGUUGUGCUUAACGGUGGAUCCACUGUCACCAUGAGAAAGAUCAGACCAGGGUUGGCUUGCUCCAAUGAUCUCGAACUUUGGAUUAAAUACUUUGGAGGACUGUGUGAUGUUUGGCUCUUGAAGAUUGAGUUCAGUCUCUGGUAUGGUGGGGAGGCUUUCGUUUUGUACGAGUACUUGUGCUUGGGAAGCUUAGAGGAGCUCUUACAUGGUGAGACACCAUUUUCUUUACAAUUUCCCCCUUCAAAUCCCAACCCCUUUGAUUGACUUCACUUUGUGGGCUGCAAUGUAGGAAGUGAAGGAGCU